AUGGCAUUAAUUAUUUACUAUAGUUUGAUCCAAAUUAAGUUGUACUUUGUUAUUGGAUUAGGUUCUCUCUCUCUCGGUAGCAAUUUUCUCUCUCUUUGGGCUGUCUGGCUUGCUGCGUUGUGUUUCAUUAAACAAGCAUGCUUUGCUACUCUAUGGUCGGGCGUACGUGUACCCUUUUCACCCAAGUAUAUAUUGAUCAUUUUUCGAUCAGCCGACAGGUUCUUCAUUUUCUCUCAGUCGAAACCCUUAAAGGGUUUCUCAGUUUUCUGCUCUGUUAGGAUUUCUACACUACACACACACCGGAGGAAAGUGAAGAUAAUCCGAAAUGAUAAUGGGAAAGAGUUUGAAAUGGGGAGAUUUUAUGAUGAUAGAGGAAUAAUCCACCAACGAAGCUGUGUUGAGACCCCUCAACAGAAUGGAAGAGUUGAAUGGAAACAUCAACAAAUAUUAAACACUGCUAGAACCUUAAACUUUCAAAGUGAGCUUAAUGACAGAGAAAGAAAAGAAUCAGGAGAGACAUACUCAUCCUAAUUGGCUCUUAACAACACCACUAGUGUUGUGCCAUGGGUACCUACAAUUGUCCCUUAAAACACCAGAACAGUUGCUGUAGAAGAAGAGAAUGGAGAAACUAGAAUGGAAUGGGAACAUGUUGAACAAGAUAAGUGCCAAUUUCGAAGAAAAUAAUUCAGCUACUAUCAGUGAGACACUCAGAAGAGAAUCCGCAAGAAUAAA